UCCCCAAGUACUGUGUUCUCUUUUUACGAGCAGGGCAUCAAGUUUCCAAACCAAAUGCGAUCUCUCAAUUGGAACAAGGAAAAGAACCUGGAUUGUAGAAAGAAAAACCUCAAGAAACAUCUGUUCAGACUUGGAUACUACAAAGGAAAGCAUUGUACCAUCUCCAAAGGAGACCAUUUCUGAAGGAACAUCAUCACAGGAAGCAAUCAUGGACAGACUCAUGAGGAAUAGUUUUUGGUACUCCAAGUUAAGAAAAGCCAGGAAAUGUGAUGGCCACUUGGGGAGCCAUCAGGGAACCCAAGAAAAAUAUUUGAAGCAAACAUCCAUCAGUUGUAAAAAUACCCUCAUAGUGAAGAGAGAGCCUGAUUGUAAUGAAUUUGAGAUAUUCUUGAGACAGACCUCCAUCCUUAUUAAGCAUCAGAAAGGUCUGAUAGGAAGCCAAUCCCAUGGAAAAGGUAAAUAUGGGGAAAACAUUGAACAUAAUUCAGAACUAAGUAAAAAUCAAAGACUACCUUCAGAGAAGUCUCAUGAAUGCAAUGAAUGUGGGAAAUUUUUCAGUAGAAAUACCUAUCUUAUUCAACAUAAAAGAAUCCGUACUGGUGAGAAAGUCUGUAAAUGUCAUAAAUAUGAAAAUAUUUUCAAUGUACAUUCAUACCUUAUUAAGCAUAAUAGAAUUCAUACUGGAGAAAAACUUUUUGAAUGCAAUGAUUGUGGAAAAGCCUUUAGAUUCUUAUUCAGCAUCAGAGAAUUCAUACUGGAGAGAAACCUUGUGAAUAAGAUGAAUGUGGGAGAGUUUUCAACCAGUGUGCAAACCUUAGUCAGCAUCAGAGAACUCAUACUGCAGAAAAGCCCUAUGUAUGUAAGGAAUGUGGAAAAGCCUUUAGUUGGAGCACAAAUCUUACUGAACAUCAGAGAAUUCAUACUGGAGAGAAACCCUAUAAAUGUAAUAUAUGUGGAAAAAAGUUUUAGAAAAAGUAAAAUCCUUACUAACAUCAGAGAAUUCAUACUGGAGAAAAGCCCUAUGAAUGUAACCAUUGUGGGAAAGCCUUCAGAUUGAGUACCAACCUUGCUCAAUACCAGAGAAUUCAUACUGGAAAGAAACCUUAUGAGUGUUAUGAAUGUGAAAGAACUUUCAGUCAGCAAGCACACUCAUUGAACACCAUAAAACCUAUACUGGGGAGAAACCCUAUAAAUGUAAUGAAUGUGAAAAAACUCUCAGUCAAAGUCUAGCCUUUGUUCAACAUCAGAGAAUUCAUACUGGAGAGAAACCCUAUGAAUGUCAUGAAUGUGGGAAGGUAUUCAGUGAUAGAUUACCCCUUACUAAACACCAGAUGAUGCCCACUAGAGAAAAACCCUUUAAAUGUCAUGAAUGUGGGGAUGUCUUCAGCUGGAGUUCAGACUUUACUCAGCAUCAGAGACUUUAUACUGGAGAAUAGAAGAUCCUUGGAAUUUGACAACUUUCAGGUAGAGACUUUUAUAACAAGAGCAAGAGCCAGUAAAAAUCGAAUGAGUCAAAAUAUGUUACAGUUGAACA